AAGGCUCAGUUUUGGGCGAGAAGGGGGUGAACGCGUCCAGAACAGCAACACAUCGGUCUGCGUAUGGCCAAACAAGGCACGGCGAAGUGAGACAUCAAAACAAAGAGAUAUUUUAUACGAUACAAGUAAAAGCGACCAAGCAGGCAGCGCAAAAACGGGAGAGGCGACGCAUGGCUCUCCUCGUGAACAUUGAGGCUUCAGGGGAAGACAGUAUGUUUACAUGAGGGGUCGUGUCUCGAGACGCAGAGGUGAUCGUUGAAAGAAUCGCAGAUUAAUAGAUAAGACAUUGCCGAAGAUGCUGAAGAGACUGGCCGCACCGGCGUCAUGCAGCAGCUGUCUCCUUGCCUUCUUCCUCGCCUUCGUCUCGCCCAGGUGUACGCUGUCUAUCGGUGCCGACAAAAAUAUGGUCAACAAGGAGGAUUAUUAUAGCGCCACGGUGAACGCCACCGUUUUGGACCAUAAAGGCAAUCCUCAACAGAUGGUAACGAAGAAUGAUGGGCGUUACGGGCAGAAUUCACCCAAAACAGAGGCGAAGGGGAUUGUGAUAGCACCUGCUGCUGUCAAUGGGGCUGUCGAUCUGCAAGGCUGCUGUCCAUACACGCGGUUUGUAGUGCCUCCGAAAACCACACACUGGGUGGCCAUAAUGCAGAGAGGAAAGUGCACCUUCAAGGAAAAGAUCCUGAAGGCGGCCGCAUUCAACGCCUCAGCAGUCAUUAUCUACAAUAACGGCUCCAAAGAGGACACGGUCACCAUGGCUCAUGAAGGCACCGGGGACAUUGUGGCGGUCAUGAUCACUGAGUCUUUUGGAAAGGAGAUUCUGGGCUUCCUGGAGAAGAACCAGACAGUGCUGGUGUCAGUGAUGGUGGGGUCACGAGGGCCACCCAAGAACAUCAAUCGCGGAUCCUUGGUGUUUGUCUCCAUCUCCUUCAUCGUACUGAUGAUUAUCUCCUCCGCUUGGCUCAUCUUUUACUUCAUCCAGAAGAUCAGAGACACCAGCGCUCGAGACCGCAGUCAGCGACGGCUGGGAGAUGCUGCCAAAAAGGCCAUUAGCAAGCUGACUACCAGGACAGUAAAAAGAGGGGACAAGGAAACGGAACCAGAUUUUAAUCAUUGUGCAGUAUGCAUUGAAGGUUACCAUCUAAAUGAUGUGGUCCGCAUCUUGCCUUGCAAGCACGUCUUCCAUAAAAUGUGUGUGGAUCCAUGGCUAAAUGAGCACUGCACCUGCCCUAUGUGUAAACUCAACAUACUUAAAGCACUGGGAGUUAUGCCGAACCUGCCCUGUGUGGACAACAUGGGUUUUGACAUGGAGCGGAUGUCCCGCAGCCAGACGUCCAGCCAGAGAACGGCACUGAUGGACCUGUCCUCUGAGACCAGCAUCAGUCUGGAGCCUCUGCGGCAUUCCAGUUCAUCCCAGCACCCCUCCGACGAUGAGCUCAUGUCUCGAACCGGAGAGAUUAACAUCGCUGUUACCAGUGGUAAUUUCUUCAACCGGAAUUCCAUGCCUCCGCGCAGUGUGGUCUGUGAGAUGGAGCUUCCAGACAUCCAGGCAUCGCUGGACAUGUACGACAACAAAUCCUGAGGACACGCACUCCUCCACAUCAACCCCAUUCCUCCGUCACGUGACCCUGAACCCCAGCCUGAGGGGAAAAUGACCUUACGAGUGUAAAAUGGAGUAUUGACAGUGACCACACUGACUGUGGCUAUAAACUCUACCGCUGUAGAACGAUUCUCGUAGCGAUCAGCCGCGUCAAGCAAAUGUGAUUGGACUGCUGUUACACACGUCAACGCCGCCAUCUGCCUCCUAACACUUUUCAACUUCAUUUUAUCCUCUUUCUUUGAAACUUCUUGAAAGACUAUUUCAAAAGACAUAUUUACACAGAUGGCUGUGGAAAGUACCGCUCGAUUUCUCUGUUAGCUUCAAACAUCUUCUGAAGUUGUCUUGUCUGCGUAAUUUGCCAAUCUGAUUUGUUUUUACGUUCCAGUACUUAUUAUUGUGCUAGGUGGGAAAACUCACAGUGGUUGAAGAAAGAAAGCCUUUUUAGGACAGUUGUCUGCUUUGUAUCUCCUGCUUUUGUAGCUGUCUCAGAUGCAAACGAACUUGUCCAUCGUAUGCUUAAAUAUGCAGCUUUGCAUUUAGUGCUGGCCAGUUCGCACUCAAACUCCUCGACAGAUCAGCGUUACUUCCUCAUAGAAAUAUACAGUAUUUCUCUGUACAUAGAAUGAAAAUGUUUGAAACAUGUAUUUAAAGAAAAUCCUAUGGAAUAGCUGCAGCGAAUACUAAUCAGUUCCAAACAAGGGGACCUAAAAUAUAUAUAUAUAUAUAUGGAUAUAUACAGUAUUUGCAUAUAAUAAUUCAUAUAUAUCUCAAGUGGCCUCUUAGCACAAUUUGUCUUUCCUGAAUCUUGUCCGUGCACAAGAGUGUCUGUCUGUUCUUGUUUUCCUAUCUGAUUUUGGGGAUGAUGCCAUCCACGUGUGACCAUAUUGAGCUGCACUCACACCGAAUCUCAGAGCUGGAGUGCUGAUUCUGAACCAGUUAUGUUUUUUUUUUUGCCAUAAAAGUUACAAUCAGGGCAGGGUAACCUGAUCCUGGGUCAGAACCUAUACUUUGAGUCAAUUAGUGAGUAAAGGGUCUGCUUUAUGUGGGUCAUGGGCUACCUAUGUUACAUACUGCCUCAGCAUUAAACUUGUCAUAAUUGCCUA